AUGGAGACCAAUAGCAGCUCCGAUCCCUCUCUGAACUGCGGCAAGGACGACGUGGUGGACCGCACCAUGUACCCGACGGCCUACGCCGUAUUCUUCAUCAUCGGCUUCCCAGCCAACUGCCUGUCUCUUUACGUUGCCUGUCUGCUGGUGAGAAAGGGCAACACCGUGGCGGUGUACCUCAUCAACCUGUCCGUGUCGGACCUCCUGUACACCAUCACGCUGCCCGUGUGGAUCGAGCUGGCCUUCCGGAGGGACGUGGACGACGCGUUCUGCGGCGUGAUUGCCGUGAUCAUGUACAACAGCUUCUACGUCGGCUCGGGUCUGCUCUGCUGCAUCUCGGUGGACCGUUACCUGGCGGUGGUCUACCCGCUCUACUUCGACCGGGUGAGGGAGGUGCGCACGGCCGUGGCGGUCAGCGCUCUGGUGUGGUGCGGCGAGCUGGCCCUUCACCUGGUUCUGCUGGCCCACGCCGGCGCGCUGAACUCCUCCUUCUCGGCGCGGCGUCUGUGCGAGGACGUGAUGCCCAUGGGCCGCGCCGAGGCCGACGUGGCCAUCGUCCGGGUGGCGCUGGGCUUCCUGCUGCCGUUCGCCCUGAUGCUCUUCUGCUUCCAGCAGAUCAUGAGGUCCCUGCGCGGCAGCCCCUCGCUGGAGGAGACCAGCCGCAACAAGAUCCGGAACCUGCUGCUCCUCCUGCUGCUCACCUACGUGGUGGCCUUCGCCCCCUACCAAGCCGUCAUGCUCCUGAGGGCCGCGAUGGAGUCGCCUGACAGCUGCGCCCAGGCCUUGCUCCUCAGGGACUACUACAUGGUGUUCGUGGCCACCACCACCAUUAACAGCGUGGCGGACCCCAUCAUUUACUGUCUGGUCAGCGAAAGCGCUCAGACGGAGCUGAAGGCGAAGCUCUUGAACCGGAGGGUGACGCUGAGACCAAGCUGGUUUUCUCGCAAGGACAUUCGACUGGAACCAGCGUCGUCCUCUUCUGUGUAG